AUGGCGGGAGGAGCGGAGGCGGCGAGCGAUGUGAUGGUCCACGUCAACACGCCGUUGCUGCCGCGCGAGGAUUCUGCUCCCGCAAGACACGUGUCGCCCGGCGAUGUAAGCCCUUCAACGCCGCAUUCCCCGGGUGCACGUCGCAUCGCUGCAGCUGCAAGGAUCGCCGCUGUCGUCGGGUGCGUCGCUCUGCUCGCCGCGCUCUGCGUCCUCGUGCCGCGCCGAACUGCCUUGGAGACACGUGCUGACAAUGCAGUCAACGCCAGCAGCGCUGCUGUUCGCUUCUUCGCGUUCGGCGACUGGGGUCGCAACGGCACGUUCAACCAGUCGCUCAUCGCACAGCAGAUGGGUGCAGUGGGGCAGCAAAUGGUCCCGCAGUUCGUGGUGUCGGUGGGGGACAACUUCUACGACGAAGGGCUGACAGACGUGAACGAUGACGAGUUCGCGCGCUCCUUCACCAACAUCUACACGCACCGCACCCUGCAGGUCCCCUGGUAUGCAGUUCUGGGCAACCACGACUACUACGGCAACGCCCUGGCGCAGCUGCACCCAGCGCUCGCCAACAGGGACCCGCGCUGGGUGUGCCGCCGCAGCAUGGCGCUCUCGCUGCCGCUCUGCCCCUCCGCCAGUGUUGACUGCGUUGACCUGGUUGACCUGUUCCUGUACGACACCACGCCCCUCGUCCCCGCAUACCGCCACAAGAAGGGGCGGCGCGUGGACUGGCGCGGACUCAACACGGCUAACUGGACGCAGCAGGAGGCCGCUCAGCUGCAGGAGCUGGAGGGGUGGUUGGGCAACUCGAGGGCGCGGUGGAAGGUGGUGGUGGGGCACCACCCGGUGUUCAGCUACGGGCACCACGGCGACCAGCAGGAGAUGAUCCACCGCGUCAAGCCAUUGCUGGAGCGCUACGGAGUGGACGCAUAUCUCAAUGGCCACGACCACAACAUGCAGCAUGUGAAGAAGGGUGACAGUCCAGUGCACUAUUUCACUGUGGGAGGUGGUUCCAAAGCAUGGCGCAGCGACGCCCCUGCACAGGCUCCUGGUCUGCGUUUCUACUUCCCCGGGCAGGGCUUCAGCGCACUGCAAGUGGACAGGGACACACUCUCAGUGGCCUUCUAUGGUGUGGACGGCCAGCAAAUGUACUCCAGCACUUUGAGAAAAUGA